AUACCUCUUGUCGUUUUACACGCUAUGAAGCAAAAGCCUCUUUAUUGGCGAAAGCUUCUCUUCACUUUCCUGGGCUCAUUGGCAGUGUGCCUCCUUAUCCUAUUACCCAUCGUUAUCGUAUACACCACUAAAAAUUUGGCUCAACCCGUCACUUAUGCUACGUUACAAGCAGAAAUCGACCGCCCUGAAGUAUCAAUAUAUUAUAUACCUCACCAAGAUGAUGAUGCUAUUGCAUUUGCACUGUCUAUAGCUCAUGAUGUGGCCAACAAUAUACCAAUACAGGUUCAUCUUAUAUCAGACGGUGCAAAUCACGACUUGCAGCAAAAUAUGGCGUCAGGUUUACACUAUUGUAAAUGGCACAACACCAAUCAUUCAUUUCCUCUCGAUGAUCAAGAUAUUUCACGAAUUCGCACUCAAGAAUUUCUCGCAUCUAUGGCCGCUUUAAACGUUCCGCCCGACAAAAUCCAUUUAAUGAACCUGCACGAUUAUCAAACUCCGGCAGCUUGGACGGCAGACCUGUACGAUCAGCUGAAAGACAGCGUGAAAAAACAGAUUUUGGCAAAUCAUGCGCAAUACCCAAACGCCUUGCAUCACUGUAGUUCAGGAUUCUUUGAUUUUGACGGGCCUCGAAACCCCGUUCAUUUGGCUUGCUGGGACGCUGCUGCAGAGAUUACCAAGGCGAGCCUCAUACAGGCAGAUCGGUUUGCAUUUUAUCGCACCUACGUAUUUUAUCAACCUCCUUCACAUCGGUGGUCCCAGAUGACCAUGAACUUUUCGCAGUUUCUUCCACAGCACCGAAUAUCAGUGCAAGCGUAUCAGGCAUACGACCCGGCCAAUGGGCAAUAUGCGUUGGGCAUGCACAGUGUGCCUAUUCUAAUGAAUAAUACUAUCGUUGAUGGAAUUAUUUACCUUGAUUUUCUCAACAACACUGUACAGGUUCCCAAUAACGUCACUGUUUUAUAGCAUUCCUUUCAUAAUUAGCAUUGUAAAUUAAACAAAACUAUAUUCGCACUCAAACAGGCAUGGAAAAUUCACCGUGUUGCCUGAUUUGGACGGUCUCAAGCAGACGAACCGCCACUGAGCGCCAUUGGAGAAAAAAGUUUGUGUGGGGGUCUGUGAACAAGAACGU